GGUUUCAAUCAAGGGAGAAUCGAGUUUGAGUUGUGAAAGGUGGACAAUGGCCAAGUUCUUAUGAGGUUCUCAUUUAGCUUUUGCUUGGUCAUUAAGUUAAUUUGCGCUUGUUUAGGGAUUCGUUUUACUUGAAAGUAACUGUAAUAGUUAACGAUUGUAGUGAUAUCAUUACUAGUGAGAGUUUCAUUGAAAAAUCUGUUGAAUUCAUCGUGUGAAAAUGGAUCCGGGUAUUCUUUGUUUCCACCAUUGUGAUCACAAAGUAUUUUGUACUAUAAUACCUGAAAAAUGUCCUGUGUGUGAACAAAAACUGGAUAGAUAUGACUAUAAUCUACUACCUUUCAGGGUUCCCUACCCCUUCGUCAAAGCAUCUCAGCAUCCUCGAGCAAUAGUUAUGAAGCCAACCCACGGCGAUUUUCUCAAUGACUACUAUAAUUCCAAAGAUUUGCACAUAGGAGUGACUAACUCUCAGGGCUUUGUUGUGGAGUUUAGUGAGGAGGGAAUCCAUGGAGUGGACCCUAUGACCAAGAAAUGGAGUAACUUUGACUCUAGCUCAGACUGGGACCAAUGUCUGCUGUUAGAGCAGUUUGAUGAGUUGUGGAAUGAGAUAUGGGACAGUGUUCUACUCAAGGUGAGUCAAAGUCCUCUGUGGGAAGCUCACAGGUACAAUGAGGAGAGACAUAACUGCUUCACGUUUGUCCUCGCAUUCUUGCGAGCACUUGACUGUGGGGAGCUUUCUGAGAAGGCUCGAGAUCCCAAACUGUUUUGUAAACAGUAUGUAGUUCCAAGAACCUCUGCUGCAGGAAAGUACAUCUCUCUGUAUAGACAGCUCAAAAGGCAAAACUAUUUCAUACAAAACCAAUGCUAGCCUAUCUAAAUUAACAAUUUAAUUCUAUGUAUUUGUUUACUACUUAUUCAGUAUUAACUGUGAUGUUUUAUAUUUAGGUAUAAGACUUUUAAAUUGAAGUGCAUUUAUUUUAGACCAAUGACAACUUAGUUUCUGAUUACAAUUUUAAAUAUGUUAUGUAUAAAGUAGGUGUAUUUAUUUGAUAAGUAUUUAUUAUUUAUUUAAAAUGUCAUGAGAUGGUACAUUUUCUUUGAUUCAAUAUGCAUCUGUACAAAUAAGGAGGCUGUCUAAUGUAUUGAGCAAGCAGGAAGCUCUUCUGAUAAUAAAUACUUAGGUGACCUAUUCUGAUAAUAUUUAUAUCAGAACAGUAAAGGAGAUUGAGUCAGUGGUUGAUGUAUGUGUCAUUGUUUGUAUGUGUGUAUUAUGAUGUUAACACUCACCAAAAUUGCCUUUUACACAUAACACACACAAUUUUUAUAUUACGACCUUGUCUUGCCAGUUUGUAACUAUAUGAUAAAUAGUAAUAUUUGUGUAACUGCAGGAUAAAUACCAUAUAAUAUGUUUAGUAUAAUUACCAGUGGCAUGGCCCAUCUCUACCGAGUAAUGCUAUGUCACAUAACAUCCAUUUUAAUACAUGAUUUGUCAGCAAUUUAAAUCUUCCAACACAUAGUUUACUUUAAAUUAACAAUCAUAUAAUAAUAACUUAAUUCUGUGGCUGUAAUAAUGGAAUUACAUGUAGUGUAGUUGUCAAUUACUGUUUUCUAUACAUUUACAUAACACUCAUUGAAUAUUCAUAGGUACUUCAUCCAAUAUCAUCUUCUAUAGUUGCUAGAAUGUAUUGAAGUAGUUGUAUUAUGUACUUGCAAGUCUCAGUUUCACACGUGUUGUCUAAACAUUGGAACAUGUAGCUACUUUCGCGAAAGUCGUGAAUGUCGCGUAUCAACUUUAUUUGCAGUUUGAUCUCAUUUCGUGUUACUGCAGAUGAAUAAUAAUUUAGCUAUAAAUAAAAAGAAACUUCUCUUUAUAAUGACACUUUAUGAAUUUCACUUGUACUUUUUUAUAUUUACUUAAUCAUUUUAUUUUGUAUUUUGAUUCUCAAAGAAUAGUAUUGCUGUGGCGAUAAGGCAGUCUGUGUAUUGUUAGCCCAGUUACCUACUUACUAUUUAUUUAAUGCUUAGUAUGUACUGUCAUUCACAUAGGCUUUGUAGUUACUCAUUCACAAAAUGUUUAUUUGUACUCAUUUAAUAAAUUCAUUUUAUAAAUGAGUAAUAGACUCCUAUGAUGAAUGAAUUUCUAAGAAGUACGUUGGCACAACUGAGACUUGAGAUGUUGUGAGAGUGAUUGUAACAAUAGUUGUUUAUCAAAGUGUGUAGCGGUUUGUAUGGGAAUUGCUUCAACGUGAAUAGAAUUCGAGCUUUAUUUUCUACAAGGCUUGCUCAAAGACUUAAAAUUAAAGUCCCGGAAUGUAGGAAGCGUAAUCAUAAGCGUAAGCAUAAGGCGAAGGGGAGAAAUAUUCUAAUAUCGUGCUGAACGUCUAUCAACGACUGAAAUCACCUUCAUAAAAAGGCUAUAAUAACAGAACUGUGAUAUAAUAACUCAUUGUAUUCCAAAAGUCCGUCCCCUUCUCCGUGUUACGCACAUUUAUUGAUACUCGAAUAUCUAUGCAUAUCUUGUAAGACUCCUUUAGACCCGACUAAUUGGAUUAAAUUUAUAAGUCUUUGAAAGCUUCAGGCAUGUAUCUACAGUAUAAGCAUCAUAUUUUUAGGACACGACAAUUAGAUGUUUCUUUCGCUUUCGAAUGAUUAAUUAGCUUUAUCUAGGUUUGUGUUAAAAUCUAAAUUUUAUUAGGUAAUUUCGGCCUAAUAGUGGCUUUUAUGUAAAAUUGUUAUGAAUCUACUUACGUGUAAACAAUUAAAAACUAUAACGUUUAUGUUGCGUGUUCAAAUUAAAUAAACAAAAUGCCUUGUCUUCCCAUGGGUGUAAUUUAAACCCUUGAAUUGCCGUGUAAUGUUAAAGCCUAAAUGUAUUUUUAAGUGAAUAUUGAAAAUAAAAUUUUCUGUAUGCCAGUGAUAUUUUGUGAAUAAACCUUUGUUUGACUGUAGAUACAAGCUCCUAGUUCCUACCCUACUCUAUUUGUAUUUAUUGAGACUUGAAUUUUGUAAAUGGAUCUCGAAGACAAAAAUUCUAGGUGCUAUGUUUGAAAUAAAGUAUUUGUUAAAAAUUUAA